CAUAUACCGCCUGCAUCAUCGCCAUCAUCACCGCUGCCACUACUGUCACUGAUCUUGAAGAGAACCAGAAGAGUUGCUAGCAAACGCAGGCGACCGGAGCGCCACCGUGCGGCGACGAUGACGUAACGAGGAAAACGACAGGCACGCUAGGGUAGCAUACCCUACGCAUCGACUCCGCAACAUGGCGGCGACCGUCGCCAUGACGACGACGUCCGCGUACGCCGACUACUGGGACGCCACCUCGCGGCUACCCGCCUACCUCGCCAACGCGAGCGACGGAAACGGCACCGUCGCGGCAAACGUCACGGUAACGGAAACGUACGUCACUUCCGCUUACGGCGGCGGGCUCGUUCCCGCGUACGGCCUCGUCGAGUUCGUCUUCGUCUCCAGCAUCCUCGGCAUUCUCAUCCUCAUGACGAUCGUCGGCAACGUGUUCGUCAUCGCCGCCAUCAUCCUCGAGAAGAACCUGCAGAGCGUCGCCAACCAUCUGAUCCUAUCUCUAGCGGUUGCCGACCUACUAGUAGCCGCCCUCGUUAUGCCUCUGAGCGCCGUCUACGAGGUAACCAAAACCUGGUUCCUCGGCCGACAGAUCUGCAACAUGUGGACGUCGCUGGACGUGCUCUGCUGCACCGCUUCGAUUCUCCAUCUCGUCAUCAUCUCGUUGGAUCGAUAUUGGGCGAUCACGAGUAUCGAUUACAUCCAUCGGCGAACCCCGAAGCGGAUCGGACUGAUGAUCGUGAUGGUGUGGGUGAUAUCGGCGGCGAUAUCGAUCGCUCCGCUGUUCGGAUGGCGCGAUCCGGAGACGGCGCACGCGUCCGACACGUGCCUCAUCAGCCAGGACAUUGGAUACACGUUCUUUUCGACGUUCGGAGCGUUUUAUAUUCCGAUGGUCGUCAUGCUAUCGGUGUACUACAAGAUCUAUCGAGCUGCGAAAAGUCGCAUUCGUAAGAAGCCCGGAGGAAGAGCGAAGAUGCAGCUGCCUCCGCCGAGCACGGUCGGCGCCGUACAGACGGAGGCGACGACGAUGACGCACCUCAACAACGAACGCAAGGCAGCAAAAACACUCGCCAUCAUCACGGGAUCCUUCCUGCUCUGCUGGCUGCCUUUCUUCAUCCUGGAGGUAGUGAAGCCAUUCUGUCACGACUGUUUCCAGGGAUUGGAUGCGAUGGUGAGCGUACUGCUGUGGCUCGGCUACUUCAACAGCUUGUUGAAUCCAGUCAUCUACACGAUAUUCUCUCCGGACUUUAGAAACGCUUUCCAUAAGAUCUUGCUCGGACGCUACAGGAAGAAAUACUAUCCGCACUGAUA